ACAUUCACGAUGGUUGCGCCGGAAGUCACACUUACACAGCUAAACCGCGCCGACGGUUCGGCAGCAUACACACAUAACGGUUACUCCAUCAUUGGCGCAGUCAAUGGUCCCAUCGAAGUACAACGCCGCGAUGAACAGCCUGAGGAAGCCACAUUAGAAGUAAACGUCAGGCCUUCUGCUGGCGUAGGAACACCACGAGAGCGCCACCUAGAAACCCUCCUCCACAACACUCUGCGCAGCAUAAUCCUCACACGCCUCAUCCCGCGCACCCUCGUCCAGAUUACACUGCAGGUCCGAAGCUUGCCAGAAGAAGACACAUCGACAGGCGUGAAUACUAGCCUUACUCUCCUCCCGCAUCUCCUCCACACCGCAUUCCUCAGCUUGCUGUCUGCGUCGAUACCGCUAUGCACAACGUUGACAAGCGUACUCGUUGCGUACCCCUCGUCGACAACGAAGAGCUCUACGCCGCUCCUUUCGCCUACAGCGAACGAGUUGUUGCGCGCCAAGCCUAUCAGGUCAACACAUGUCUUCGCAUUCUCUGGGGACAGGCGGUUGCUGUUGAAUGAAAGUGACGGGAAGUUCAGUUAUGAAGAGUGGGAGACGGCUUGCGAGAUGGCGGAGGAGGUGUGUUGUAAGGAGGAGGACCAGGGUGGUGUGAGCCUGGGUGACAGUAUGGUGGUGGAUGGAGCGGUGCAGAGUCAAAAUUUGGAGAAGUGGCUGAGGGAGGUUGUGAGAAGGAAGGUGGAAUAUGAACAGCGGUGGAAGAGUGCCACCUGAGCCCUGAGGCAAGAAAGCGAUACACUUCCAGGUGAUU